GUGUCUGACGUCAGACGUUACGGUUAUAGAGAGCGGCCAUUUUGGCGGCGCACUGUUUCCUUUCCAGCUAGGCAAGUGUGUGUGGGCGGGACUGCGCUCUAGUUCCUCAUCCGGACUGUGUUGUGUAUUGUGGCACUGAGGCUGCUUAUAGCCGUACGAGCUGACAAUGGGGAAGAAGCAUAAGAAGCACAGGUCCGAGUGGAGGUCGUAUGAUGCUGGGGACUUGAGUUCCCCCCCAGACCAGUCUCAGUAUUAUGUAGGUAAACCUUCAGAAAAGCCUUUGAAAUUGGUUCUUAAAGUUGGAGGAAGUGAAGUGACUGAACUUUCUGGGUCUGGACAUGAUUCUAGUUACUUUGAUGAUCGUUCAGACCAUGAACAACGUGAGCGUCAUAAGGAAAAGAAAAAAAAGAAGAAAAAGAAGUCGGAGAAAGAGAAGGAUAAACAUGUAGACGAUGAAGAACGGAGGCGGAGGAAGGAAGAGAAAAAAAGAAAACGAGAAAAACAGUGUGAUUCAGAUGAGGAAACUGAGUAUUUUGAACCAGAGAAAAAAGUAGAAGUAGAAACCCCUACUGAUCGUCCAGUCAGGGCAUGCAGAACACAUCCAGCGGAAAACGAGAGCACCCCAAUACAGCAACUUCUGGAAUAUUUCCUCCGACAGCUCCAGCGAAAAGAUCCUCAUGGUUUCUUUGCUUAUCCUGUUACGGAUCAGAUUGCUCCUGGUUAUUUCAUGAUCAUAAAGCAUCCAAUGGACUUCAGCACUAUGAAGGAAAAGAUAGCUGCAAACGAAUACAAGUCAAUCACAGAAUUUAAGGCCGAUUUUAAACUUAUGUGCGAUAAUGCAAUGACAUACAACCGCCCGGAAACAGUCUACUAUAAGUUGGCAAAGAAGCUACUACAUACAGGCUUCAAGAUGAUGAGUAAGGAACGGCUUUUAGCUUUGAAGCGCAGUAUGUCGUUUAUGCAGGACAUGGAUUUUUCUCAGCAGGCUGCUAUAUUGGGUGAUGAAGACACCACAGUUGAAGAACCUAUGCCAGAAGUUACUCUUCCAGCUCCUGUAGAAAUUACAAAGAAAUCUAAAAAGCCAAGCAAAGAAGUUAUUAGAGUCAUUGAAGAUGAUCAGAGCAGCAUUUUUGAGCCAGAAGGCAAUGCAUGUAGUUUAACAGACAGCACUGCGGAAGAACACGUCCUGGCACUAGUGGAACAUGCUGCAGAUGAAGCCAGGGACAAGGUCAACAGAUAUUAUCCAAAUUGCAAGAUUGGUUACCUAAAAAAGAAUUUGGAUGGCAACUUGACUUACAAUGUAGUAAAUGCUGAUCCAGAUGCAGAGGAGGAAGAGACUCAUCCAGUGGAUUUAAGUUCUCUGUCAAGUAAACUUUUACCUAGCUUUACUACACUGGGCUUUAAAGAUGAUCGAAGACAUAAAGUCACAUUUCUUAACAGUACCAGUACAGCCCUGUCUUUACAAAAUAAUACUCUCUUCACUGAUCUUAAACCAGAUGAAAUGGAAUUAAUGUAUGCUGCCUAUGGUGAUGACACAGGAAUACAGUGUGCUCUUAGCCUUCAAGAGUUUGUUAAAGAUUGUGGGGGUUAUGCAAAGAAAAUGGUGAAUGACAUGCUGGAUCAGAUAACAGAAGGAGACCAUUCCAAAAUUCUUUAUCAGCUAAAACAGAUCGGAGAAUCUUUGGGUGAAGGGAGCAAUUCUGUUCUUGAUUUUAUGUCCAUGAAGUCUUAUUCUGAUGUAUCUCUUGAAAUGUCAAUGCUAAAUUCAUUAGGAAAAGUGAAGAAGGAGCUUGACCACGAUGAUGGUCAUCUUAACUUAGAUGACGCAGCUAAACUCUUGCACGACUUUCAUGACGUACACAAUGACAGAGUUGGAUCUAGACCGUCUUCCAAUAUAAGCUCUUUAUCCAACAACUCGGAAAGAGAUCAUCAUCAUCUUGGUAGCCCUUCUCGUCUCAGUGUUGGAGAACAGCAAGACAUUCCAGACCCCUAUGAAUUCCUACAGUCUCCGGAGCCUGAAAAUAAUUAAAUUUUUCUUAAAUUGUAUUUCUUGGUGUUAUAAUUUUGUGUCCAUGAUACUAAUAUAUGUAGAAAAUUGAAUAUUUCUUUACUUUCUGCAGGCACCAUUAUUGCCUGCAUGUAUUUUGCACUAUUCUUGCCUACAUGUGAUCUGCCUUUUACAACUACUUCUUCUUCCCUGCUGCUUUUUCUAAAGCAGGCGUCACGCAGUAUUUUUACGUGACUUUUUUAAUUUUUAUUAUUUUUAUUUUUCUUACUUUUGUUGCUGUUUUGGUAAGUUUUUCUGGUGGUGUUUUUACAGCAAUAGAAAAACAGCUUAUUUCUUCCAAAAACAGUGCCAACCCGUCCACAGGUUGUGUGUGGUAUUACAACUCUUUUACUAAAUCAGCUCUGUUUUUCUAGUGCUGGAUAACCACUUUUAAUAGAAAUCCUUAAAUCAGAUGAUUUGUCAUAGAAAAAAGACACAACAAAUAGGUAUAUACUAAAGCUUACUGUUUUGUAAAAAACACAAAACCGGCAAAAGAAAAACGCAAAGCACAAAAAGUGAAAAAAAAUGUAUGUAAAGGGGCCUAAUAAUAAUUACAGAAGUGAAGGGGUGUCCUUUGUGUCCUGAUCUAUGUCCUAAUUUGCAGGACAGCCAGCAUUAAGAAGUCACACACACUCUACAGCAGGAAAAUAAAAAUGAAGAUUAACGGGUUGUCCCAAGAUCAACAGUUAUAUCCUAUCUGCAGUAUAAGGGAAUAACAAGCUGAUGAGAAGUGCUUGGAAGCCCCACUAAGGCUAUGUUCACACAGCGGAAAAUGUGUUGAAAAAGCAAGUUUGCUAAAAUGUGGGUAUCGGCAAAGGAAUGUGUCUGUUAUGUUCUGAAUGAACUGUAAAGGAGAUGGAGUAAAUAUGCAUUUUAUUAUUACUAGAUUGCGUGUGGAGGCUGGGCAGAGAGUUGUUCUAUUUAAAAAAAAUGUUGUCUACUUCUCUUUAUGUAGUUUCUUACUAUAAGAUGAUCUUAUGUGUAAUUUGAUCUUUAGUCGUCUCUUUCUUGCAUUACCGUCUUGUUGUAAGUUAGCUAGAAGAGCUUUAUUUUCAACGCACUGGCACAAAAAAUUGCAAGUGCAAUUGUGUACUUUUUUUCUUUCUUAUCAUUCAAUUCUGUAAAAGAUGUGUAUUCCUCAUUUUAAAUGUGUAAAAUCUUGAGGGCAGUGGUCAAAAUCAUUGUAUAUUUGUGCUUUAAGUGGUAUUUAAAAGAAAAAUCUUUCUCUUUUAAUGAAAAAUUUUAACUUAAAGGGGUUAUCCAGCAGGAGGUGGGGAGGUUUCAGAACAAUACCUGUACUUCAGUAUAUAAAAAAAAAAAAAUCAAACUGUACCCACCUCCAGCUUCCCUGCAGUGCCUCUGGUGUUCUGCUGCAAUCCUCAGCUGCGGCCUGACACUUGGGCCCAGUGUUUCAUAUUGGCAGUGAUUGUCCUGCCUUAGCAUGUGAUUGGCAGAUCAACAGUAUGACACACUGGGCUCUAAUGUCACUCAGAACCCAAGCAUAAUGCCACAGCUUAGAAAAAGGAUCGCAGCCAGGGACGGGAAGCAGGACACUGGAGGCAAAGCAAGAAAGCUGAAGGUGAGGACAGGUUUGCUGUUGUUUUUGUUUUUUAAUAUGCUGUAGUAUGGGCAUUGUUCUGAGAAAAAAAAAAUCUUUUGCUAUUAUAGCCUUUUCCCAAGCCACUAUCUUUUCCAUCUUCUCAAUGAAUUGAUUUUUAGACAGUGGAUUUGAUUUUUUCCAAAACUGAGCUAUCAACUUCCUAGCAUGAUAUAAUAAUCUCCCCAGAGCAGUUUUAAUAUGUUCCUCAAACAAGAAAUCAUCCAGGCAUCCCAAAAUACAUAUCUUAAUCUCUUUAGGUAUAACAAUUGCAAAUAAUUCUUUAAUAUAUUCUAAUAUUAAUUCCCAAUCAUUUUGGAUAAGUGGUCAUUUCCAAAGCAUAUGAGUUAAAUUCUCUACUGGAUAAGGGCAUCGAGGACAUUUUGCAUCUAUUAUAUAGCCAAUUUUUGCUAGAAAGACUGGAGUCUGGUACACCUUAUAAAGGAUAUAUAUCUGCGAUAGUCUCACCCCUUUCCCUAAAGCUUGAUUUGGGACAUUUUUCAAUAUAGAUCUCCACUGAUACAAAGUAACACCCGUUUCCAACCGCCAUUUGUAAAAAGCCAGAAUUAAUUGGUUUUCCCAUCCCCUUAUUGCUAAUAAUUGAAAUGUCUUAGAUAUAUGCCCAGUAUUCGUUUUGCAACAUUUUUAGCAAACUGCUACUUUUUUACUUUGCAUAUGAACUGCAGAAAAUAAUGCAUUAUUAUUAACAUUAUUUCUGUGUAGUAUACUUUGUAAUUUUUUUUCAUAUUCCACUACUGUAAUUAUUGUCACUGUGUUUGUAAAUUAAAUACCUGUACAGUAGAAUAAAGGCUUGUGU